CCGUGCUCCCUUCCCUGCAGCCUUGGGACUCACGAGUGAGUGAAUGGGGGGAGUAGGUUUUCGGGGAAUGAAUGCCCCAGUGAUUUGAGCUUGAACCUCUAUCCUUCAUGUCAGGAGAUGGACUGGGCAGCGUGUCGGGAUUUUGAGGAGACAACACCAUUUGUGGCGCGGCGUGGAGCGGCGUGCUUGCUGCUGCACAAGAGGUGAGAGAGGGUUGUUUGAUGGAAAGUUUCCGAAGUGCUGGUUGUUGUUCUGCAACGGAGUACGUGCUAGGGUUUGGGGAUUCGUCAGGUAUGUGGGGAAUGGUGGAUGAGAUGGAAAGAAUAUGGUGAUUUUUCUUUGGGAGUGGGGAUAAGAGAGAAUUAGCGAGGAUUGUUGCGAUCGCGAGGAGGUGAAGGGCACGGAAUCGUGGGAAACGAGGAGGAGGAGGGGUAGGAAAAUGGACAGGAAUAGGGUUUCGUUUUCGUCGUCGACGACGGAGUCCGACAUCGCAGUUCCGUUGAUUCAGAAUGGGAAUGGGAGUUCAAGCAGUGGGAGUGGGAGCGAGGGAGGGUCCCAGCGGGGUAACAGGAGCAGGGUGCAGGGCGCGGCACGGUUUCUGCGACGGGCAGGGAGCCGGCGGUUGAUGCGGGAGCCGUCGAUGUUGGUGCGCGAGUCAGCUGCGGAGCAGCUAGAGGUUCGGCAGAGCGACUGGGCGUAUUCGAAACCCGUGGUUGUACUGGAUCUGAUUUGGAAUUUGGCCUUCGUUCAGGUGUCAUUGGCAGUGUUAGUGUUGAGCAAGAAGGAAACAAAUUGCAACGAGUUGCGGAUAUGGAUUAUAGGCUACGCGCUCCAGUGCGUCGUGCACAUGCUAUGUGUUUGUUGUGAAUAUCUUCGUCGGCAACAGCAGGUGAACGCGAAUCCUUCUUCAGUGUCUUCGUCAAAUUCGACCUAUGCUCCUAUCAACAACGGAGAAAACGAUGUGGAUUCAGGGUUUGACGAUGAUGGGUUGUCCAACGAAGCAAGCUGGGCUAAGCGUCUGGAAUCUGCAAACACGAUGUUUUCAUUCGUAUGGUGGGUUGUCGGCUUCUAUUGGAUUACCGCAGGGGGACAGUCGCUUGCAGUUGAUGCUCCUUAUGUCUACUGGCUAUGUGUAUUAUUUCUGACAUUCGACGUAUUCUUCGUCGUCUUUUGUGUGGCACUAGCAUGUGUCAUUGGCAUAGCAGUUUGCUGCUGCCUUCCCUGCAUCAUUGCCAUUCUAUAUGCAGUGGCAGAUCAAGAAGGCGCUUCUGAAGAAGAUAUUAACAAUUUACCUACAGCGAAGUUUCGAAAAAUCAGCAGCGACGGGAAAAUAACAGCAAACUAUGAGAGGGCGCUCGCAGGCGUGAUGACAUUUGUCGGUGCUUCCGAGAACUUGACGGAACGCUCAUUGUUUGAAGACGAUGCAGAAUGUUGCAUAUGUCUUUCAUCGUACGAGGAUGGCGUGGAGUUGCGCGAUCUUCCAUGUUCUCAUCACUUCCACAGUACUUGUAUCAUCAAAUGGCUCCGCAUCAACGCUACUUGUCCUCUCUGCAAAUUCAACAUCGUACACGGCAACAGAAACAGAACAGAGUCGGUUUAGUGACAAUGACGACACAAAUUAUUUAACUUGGCGUUCAUUGGAUCGACAUCGUACACACAUGCAGUUUGUGUACAUUCUAGCAAACUGUAUGUGAUCAUGUGUAAAUAUUAGAUGCUAUAGAAAUUUAUUAUGCAGCACCUCACCAAUGCCCUUCGAUGGUACCGUCACAGGAAGAGCGCUCUGGAUGCGUGGGAUUCAGACUUGGCCCUUGAAUGGAGUCCUCACUUAGUUAUCUUCUGAAAUAGGGCUUGGGGUUUCCUUAAUUUACUUUAUGUGCAACCAGAUUUUGUGAUUAUAAUCGCAUAAUACAUUGACCUGCACACAAUCCUCUGUUAGAAAUCAUGACGUCUGCACACCUUUUGGUGCUAGGAAGGAUGACCUUUGAGACAAUCGUCUGGUUUGAUUUGGUUUCUCAAAAGCUUCAGUUGAGGUGAGCUGAACGGAUACCUUAGACACCAAUUGAUGUUGACCAGAAGUAUUGCAUCAAAUGUGCCAUCGCUAAGAAUUUGAACCAAAUUUGUUCUGUAUUUGUGACCCACUUGAAUUAAUAUCUUAGGGUGGCAGCAUUAGAACUUAGCUCUUUCCCAGGGAAAAGAGGCCGUCUACAUCCGAGGAAGUAGACUGGCUCAUAGCUUCUUUGUAGUGUUCAGACAAUAGGGACGCGCGCCUUGCCCUUCGACGUUAGUUUUGAAUCUGGUGACUAACAACUAUGUAUUUGGUUGAUUUGUCAUUUUGAUGUACAAUCACCAGGAUUGCAGCUAAGGUCACUUACAAUUAGAAGUACUCUUUUUUGCUUUGGA